CCGUCAAGUAAAUGCGCAAGACAGCCCUAUUCACGCCGCUAUUUUCUUCAAGGCUGUUGAAAUUCCCGUCGUGGGUCCGCUUAUUGAAUAGACUCGCCAACGCUUCACCUCCCGCGUACUUUCUCCAAGAGUUUCAUCACCGUGGCUCCGGACGGUCCAAGUUGAAUUGCACUUCAGAAAAUGCAGCAGCCAUUAGCCACGUUGGUUCAUCAUUGAGAUCCGCUGGGACGAGAAGGAAAAUGUCGGAAGCUGAAGACGAGAAGAACAGAGGCGUCAGGAUCGCUGUCGAGGGUUGCGGCCAUGGGACACUCCAUGCCAUCUACGCUUCGGUAGAAGAGGCUUGUCGCGUAAAAGGCUGGGAUGGUGUUGACUUGCUGAUAAUCGGCGGUGAUUUUCAGGCAGUAAGGAACCAACAUGACCUCAAUGUCACGUCCAUGCCCAUCAAGUACAGACGCAUGGCGGACUUCCAUGAAUACUACAGUGGUGCCCGAACUGCCCCAUACCUCACCAUCUUCAUCGGCGGAAACCAUGAAGCAAGCAACCAUCUCUUUGAACUCUAUCACGGUGGAUGGGUCGCCCCGAACAUCUACUAUCUCGGGGCUGCCAAUGUCAUUCGAUUAGGGCCUCUCAGAAUCGCCGGGCUGACGGGCAUCUGGAAAGGAUAUGACUAUCGCAAACCCCAUUUCGAGCGUCUCCCCUACAAUCAAGAGGACAUGAACACUAUCUAUCAUGUUCGAGAGCUGGAUGUCCGGAAGCUCUUGUCUCUCCGAUCGCAGGUUGAUAUUGGUCUCUCCCAUGACUGGCCACAAGGUGUGGAAUACCAUGGAGACUACAAAUGGCUCUUCCGGAAAAGACGCGACUUCGAGACCGAUUCAUCUGCUGGGAAGUUGGGGAGCGUGGCUGCUAGGCAGUGUUUAGAUCGGCUGCGGCCGCCCUAUUGGUUCUCUGCACAUCUCCACACCAAAUUUGCCGCCAUGUUCUCACACGACGAAGAGGACACAAAUCCGACCGCUGGCAGACGUAGUAAUGUCACCCCACGGCCGGAAGAUCGUCAGCAAGUGUCAGCAUGGCAUGAUUUUUCUCAGCAAGCGGACGCUGAAGAAAGAGACAGAAUUUCAGAGGACCAGGAACUGGAACGGCUACAAGAAGACAAGACAGAUACCUCGUCUGGUCCACAAUACUCAUACGAUGAGACGUUUAACAGAAUUGACAGGGGGGCAGGCCUCGAGCGUACGGUGGUGUCGACAACUCGAAGCCGGGUCAACUCAGAGGAGGCGGAUCCAAUCCCCAAUCUCGACGGCUGCUUCUGCUCAAGACCGACUAAGCGGCAACGCCUAGAAAGUGGGCCGUCGAACCCUCCCCACGACGUGACUAACAGCGAACUUCGACCAGGCACGUCUGGAGAUCAGUUGGAUGGUGCCAAUGCUAGCUUGUUUGGACCACCAAAACCCGCGGUGGCCAACCCAGAUGCUAUCGAUAUUGACAUGAGCGACGACGACGAGACUACGGCAGCAGCCAGCGAAGAUACCGCUACACCUCGAAGCAAACCCCUCCAAAUCUCUGGCGAGACAGCCAGAUCCAGAGACAGUGAUGACAUAAAGAACCCGGAUGUUUCGCAGAGUCUAUCGGAAGAGAGCGAGGACGGUGGUGUCAAGCUGCAUCCACAGGCCUCUUCCUUCACCCCGAUGCCCAGUAUUUCUUCCCUGCAACACGAAGCAAAUCGCUCUCAAGGUUCGCCUGGCCCUUCCAGGAUGUCUUCUGAGCCGGAACUGAAUCCACGUGCCCAACUAUUCGACCCGCAGCCACUUCCCGACCGAAGUACUGGAGGUAUCUCAGAACGCUCGCACGCUGAACCAGUAUUAGAGAAGGAGUCGCAAGUUGUGGAAAGCAAUGACGACGUGCCCCAGGAAAUAAGAGAUCAGCUAGCGGCUUUAUCACAAAAUUUCGUCAAGAAAGAACCUCUUGAAGUCUCCCCAUCACUGCCAUUCCCAGAAGAUAUCACCAACAGAACAACCAACUUCCUCGCCCUCGGCAAAUGCGAGAUGUACCAGGAAUUUCUCCAGCUUCUCGAGAUCCAAUCAAUGACUUCUCCCGACGAGGAGCUCCACCGUCCUCUCAAACUUUUCUACGACCCCGAAUGGCUCGCGAUCCAGCGGGUAUUUGCCCCUGAGCUUCAACUUGGCGGUACCCCAAAGGACAAAGUUCCUCCACACCGUGGGGAGUCGUACUACCGUGACCGAAUUGUAAAAGAGCAGGAAUGGGUCACCGAGCAUGUGGUCAAGGCUGGCAGGCUGCAGAUCCCCGAGAACUUCAGCGUGACAGCGCCGGUCUAUGACCCAAGUCUCCAAGUUGCACCGGACGAGAUGCCCCGCGAGAUGACAAAUCCGCAGACGAGCGCGUACUGCGCGUUGAUCGGGAUUGACAACAAAUUCGACAUCAGCGAAGAAGAGAGAGAAUCCAGGAUGCAGCAGGGCCCGAGACCCGAGAACGCCGACUUCCAGGCGUAUCAUAACCGAUCCCGUCAACAAGGUCAGGGUGGUGGAAGAGGUCGUGGAAAUCAUCGCGGCGGUGGCUGGAGGGGCGGUGGACGAGGAGGCAACAGAGGACGAGGUAGAGGACGGCGGUUUUAGAAAGCGAUGCGAUGACGGUUUGGUGCUGGCAGGAAGAGGCUUUUCACCUCGUCGGCGACCUUUGUUCUGGGCGUGAAUGGCCAUCAAGGUCAUAAUUUGGCGAUCCACGGCGUGACAGAGCGUGGCAGUGUACGGUGAAGGGAUUUCAUGUACAACAGACAAAUACUUCAAAAUUGAUACCCAAGAGAAGGCGGCAGGGGAUCCAUCUUUACACACAAGAACAGGGUCGCAAGGCAUGAAAAAGUGAACGUUUCCGGACUUAUUUAUAUCGCAAAGGAGCUUCCUAUUCGUC